AUGUUUUUCAAUGUUUAAAACUACAAAACUCUAAAAAUUAAAGAUCUUAUUUGUAAUUCUAAUCUAAUAAAAUAAUAUGGAUGUAUGAAUAUUGCGACGAUUAAUUACAUUAAUCAUAGUAGUAAAAUUUAGAAUUCUAAUUUCUUUAAUAAUAAUGGCAGUUAUGGGGCUGCUAUAUAUUCAACAAAAAUACCUAUUAAGAUUACUCAGUGCAAUAUUAUUAAUAAUAUCGCCAGUAAUUAAGGUGGUGCUAUAUAUUUAGAUAUGGAUACCAAAUAUUUAAUUAUAAAUAGAUCAUCAAUUAUUUAUAAUCAUGCGCUUGAAGGAGGUGGAAUAUACUUAUUUGAUAAAGGAAAAAUCAACUAAGAAAAUUUUAUUUAAACCUUCAUGUAAUUCAACAAAGCUGACUUUUUAUCAAAUAAUUUAGUUGAAUUUCCAACCCAUUUAAGUCUAUUUAUUAAUUCUUAAGAAAUGUAAGCAGAAGAACUUAUAUUUAAUAACAUGAAAAUAAGAAUUCUUAAGUUGAAACCUUAUAAAAUAAUAGAAUAAGGUGUUAUUAAAUUAAGUCAGUAUUUGAUGAUACCAAGUUAAUAAAUAAUCAAAGAAUAUAAAAAUUAUAUACCAUAAUUUUUAAUUUUUUAGAACAUAUUAAAUGAUCUAUAAAUAAAUUUAAAAAAUAGUAGAAAUGAAUUGUUAUAAAAUUCACUUCAAUUCUCUUGCUUUGUAUCAUAAAAAAUUGCUCAAUUAAAUUAGGUUUACUCAUUUUCAGAAUUUAAAUUAAUUAGUUCUAUUUAAGCUGAUGAAUUUAAUCACUUUGAUUUAGGAUCUAUGUAGUUUCAUUUUGAUCCAUAUUAAGAUGAAAAUCAGCAUUUAUAAAUUUUAGUGAAUUGUUCAUCAAAUAGUUCAAAAAAUAAAUUAUUCUAUUUAUUAAAUGCAAGAACAUAUAGAUGUUAAUUAGGAGAAUUCUAUAUAGACGAAGGAUGUUAAAUUUGUGAAUCAACUUUUGGAUUUUAUUCAGUUACUUAUGAUGCAACAAAGUGUUCAAUAUUUGAUAAAACUAAAUUUGCAAAUAUAUCUUCACAAGCUAUUUAAUUAUUAGAAGGAUAUUGGAGGCCAAAUUUAUAUUCUGAUUAUACUGAUUAUUGUUUUAAGAAUAUAAAAUUUUGUAAAGGAGGAUGGAAUGUAGGAGAUGAACUUUGCUCAUUGGGACAUAUUGGAGGUUUAUGUGAAGAAUGUGAUUAUCACAAUAGAAGAGGGGAAGGAAGUUUUUUUAAGAAUUAAUAGGAUUCAGAAUGUUAUAAUUGCUCAAUUAACACGAUUACACCCUUUAUUUUCUCUUUUCUUUGGUAUUAAUAUAAAUUUAUUAAAGGGCUAUUAUUUCUAUUGUUAUUACUUUAAGAAGCAUAGAAAAAUCUAAUUUAUUAUUUUCUAAACUUUAAUUUAAAUUAAGAUAUAGAAAAAUAUUAUUUAAAUUAGAAAAAGGUAUCAAAAUUAUAUUAUUUAUAUUUUAGAUAUGGAAGGUAUUUUUAUUAAGAUGUUGUUUAUUUAUUUAUGGAUAUUUUCGGUUAUAUUUAGUUUUAAUAUUAAAUUUUCAAUCUCAUUUUCAUUCAUUGAUUAAACUAGUAAUACUUCUUAAUUUAUGGCAUCAAGUAUUGAUUGUUAUUUAUCUGAAAUUACUUAAAUUGAACUUAUUUACAUUAGAAUUAUUGUUACUAUUUUAUUGAUUCUAAUUGAAUUUGGAAUUAUUUUGAUAGGAUAUCAAAUAUAUAUAUUGACUUCUAUGGGAAGGUUUCAAACCUACAUUAUCUCUAAUACAUUAUUAUAUUUAUACAUAUCAAAUUUUUCUGGAUUAAUCAAAUAGUAAAUUUUAAUUUAUAUUUAGAUUUUGUUCAAUUGUGUCAACAAGAAUAAUAUCAAAUAUUGAAUAUAUUUAGGGAGAUUUAACAUUAAUUUUUGGUUCAUUAAAUCAUAAUGAAUGGAUAUAUAAAUUUGCUAUUCCUGGAUUAAUUGUAUUUGGAUUUUUUAUCCCAUUUGCUUUAUUUUUGUUUAUGUUUAUUACCAAGAAAAGAUUUAAUUAGAUUUAAUUUAGAAGACAUAUUUGUUAUUUAUUUGAUGAAUACAAUGAAUAAAACUACUUCUGGGAGUAAAUCAAAUUUUCAAAAAAGAUUAUUAUUAUUCUUGUUAUGACUUAUUUUGAAUCUAAUAUACUAUUAAAAGCAACUUUAUUAGGGUUAUUUUUAUUAAUAUACUAAAUAAUAGCAGGAAGGUAAUAACCUUACAAUUUAUAAAAAUUAAAUAAUUUGGAUCUUUAAGCAGUAUAAAUUUGCUCUAUUGCAAUUUUUGUUGCAAUUGCUAAAUAUGUUAGUGAAUAAUAAUUUGAGAAUGCAACUUCACAAAUAUUGUAAGUGUUUAUUAUGCUUCUUUGUAUUAAAUUAUGUUAUCAGUUUAUUUUAGAUAUCUUUAGAGCAUAUGUUAAGAAAUAUAGAACAUUUUUCAUAACAAUUCUCUAUAAUUUUCUUAAAUCAAUAAAAUCAAAUUCUAGAAAUACAAUUUAUCUAGGUAAUUUAUUAAUAUAGUGGAGUACCAAUGAAAAAAGAGUGCAAUCAAAUUUUUAAAUUUUAAAAGCACAUUUAUUAAAAAUAUCAAAAGCAUAAAUCAAAACUCAAAAGUAUUAUCAUUUUAUAAACUAGAUCCUUUUACAAUAUUACUCCAAAUUAAAAUUUGGCAUCAUUAACCAGAUAUAAACAAUUCAAUACAACUAAAAAUAGAAUCUUAUUAACAUUAGAAUAAUGA